AUGACCGGUGUUCAAGCCCCCUUUACCAUCAACCCAACGCACAGUUUGCUUUGCGACAUCCUGUGGGCGGAUCCGGACAAGGAGGUGCAGGGAUGGUCGGAGAACGACCGUGGCGUCAGCUUUACCUUCGGUGCCGACGUCGUCAGCAAGUUUUUGACGCGUCACGACAUGGACUUGAUUUGUCGAGCCCAUCAGGUAGUGGAGGAUGGCUACGAGUUCUUCGCCAAGCGUCAACUUGUCACUCUGUUCUCUGCGCCGAACUACUGCGGAGAGUUUGACAACGCCGGUGGCAUGAUGUCCGUUGAUGAGACCCUAAUGUGUUCCUUCCAGAUUCUGAAACCGUCGGAGAAAAAGUCAAAGUAUCAAUACCUCGGUGCCAACGCGGCACGUCAGACCGCGUUCCCUCGUCAGACUCAGCCGAUGUAA